GAAUUACCAACCGCCAAUAAACCUCUGAAGAAGAAGAAGAAGAAGAAGAAGAACACACGCUUGGACGCAGGUCUUCAUGUGAAAGAGCGCUUCCUUCGCCACACGCGCUUCAGAUCUCUGAUACUCUGCGUAACAUCACUAAAGUGUCCUGAUUCUUUACACCUCUUCUAAUGAAAUCAGAGUCCAGACGCCGCUCUUUAGGAGAUAGACUUUAUUAUUCACACAACAAAGCCGAGCUGGUCUGCAGAUCAACUCCCUUACUUCUCCUCGAUACAUGUGUCGCGUUAUCGUUUCUGAUAAUGUGGAAUAAUAAAGAGAUCAUUUCAUUUCAACCGUGUCCUUUUUAAUAACAGCAACGUAAGCCCACAUGCAACAAUGCACAUCCCUAUGACUUCCUGUGUUACCUCUCAAGCGUCCCCCGCUCCCCAGGUCUACAACCGGAAUAAAGUCGGUGUGUAGUUGGACGUUCGAUAUUCACAGAUAUGCGGAAAUUAAGGGACCGUCUCUAAAGUUACAUAACACAUUGUUAAACACGUUUCUAACUUCAAUAGCAUUUGAAAGGAGUGACUUACAGUCAUAUAACCAACUGGAAAGUGUUCAUCUAAAUGUCAGGUAUGGUACACACCUUUUAGAUUUUUUUUUAUAUUUAACAAAAUAAACUAUUAAAUCAUAUAUAAAAAUUGCCAUGUAUUUCACUACAGAAUGGCCCCAUACAAAAUAUACCAUAAUUUAAAGCUCAAUAGCAUUUGAAGGGAAUGACUUACAGUCACACAACCAACUGUAAAGUGUUCGACUAGGUGUCAGAUAUGAUGCACAGCUUUUAGAUUUUUGAUAUUUAACCCUACAAUGCAUGAACUAAAAAAAAAAACUUCACGAAUGCAUAAAGGGGGUCAACACGACCCGUACUGGAUUGAAUGAUUUUCUUAAAAAAAUAGAUGUCCUAUUAAUGAAAUAAUUAAACCAACUGAUGAUCCACGGAUGUUUUAAUAUUGUUAUACGAUUCUAGUGUUAUAGAUGUAGGUUUCUGAAUAAAAAUCCACGACAAUUUGAGGUGAUAUGACAUUUCAUUGUGAUGAACAGAAGUUUGUAGUCUGUUCUCUGAGAGCUCCAGAGCCACAGUUCUGCCACUUUUGGGUAAUAUCCUUUUGUUCAGGUCUUUUCUCUUCAUAAAGAUGAGCCAGAAAAGAGUGCUGCUUAAUGGGUGCCAUUUAUUCCAGUCCAUUUUACUUCCACAGACAAGAACAAAAGAAUAAUGUGUGAGCCAGAAGAUUUAAAAAGCGAAUUCUCUGUAACCCACUCCCACCCACCUCAACUCCACACGCACACACUUACAGCCCUAACCCUAAAUUACAAUAUCAUGUAGGGAUGAUUACAUCAUUACACAGUUCCUCCAAUUAAUGCAAAUUAACGCAAAAUCAAGCAAACUGCAAUAUUCAGGGGAGCUUGCAAUUGUUUAAACUUACAGCAGAUUUUCUGCAGAUUUGGCCAAGAUCCAUCAUGUGAUGUCAUCACAACGUGCAUUCAGCCAAACCCCUUUGAUUCAUGUGUGCUGAACAUGAGUACAGCUAAAAGGUCUCAUUUACCAAUAAACAUCCCUGUAAAAGACCGUGCUAAACAAUUUCACCAAUUAUCCAAGUUGCAUUGGAAAUUUUGAAAAAAAAAUGCCUCUGUAAAAUCAAGCAUUUUUAACUAAUCAAAACUCAGAUUAGUGAUGAGAAAUGAUGUGUAAGUUUGGUCAACUCUCAUUCAUCUUGGCUCUCAAACAUGAUCAGUCAGUGGUUUUGGCAUGAAUAAAAUUGGGCUGCAGUCAAUGGUAUUACAUUACAAAUCUAAAAUUACAAAGUUGUUACAGCCAUUAAAGGUGAGUGAUUUGGUUGUGAAGCCAUAUUACAGCAUUGUAGGAGACGUUUCCAAUUACAAUUUGAGAAACACAUGGGGACAAAAUCUGAAAUUAUUUAAGCAUAAUUUUGUUUUCCAGAUGUACCACUGCUCAGAUUAUGGGGAGAGUUUUACUAAAAGUUGUCAUCUAAAAGAUCAUGAGCGAAUCCACACAGGAGAGAAGCCAUAUGUGUGCUCGCAGUGUGGGAAGAGUUUUACUCGUCAGAGUAAUCUCCAAAUACACGAGCGCAUUCACACGGGAGAGAAGCCGUAUCACUGCUCACAGUGUGGGAAGAGUUUUACUCGUCAGAGUCACCUCCAAAUACACGAGCGCGUUCACACAGGAGAGAAGCCGUAUCACUGCUCACAGUGUGGGAAGAGUUUUAUUUGUCAGAGUAAUCUCCAACGACAUGAGCGCAUUCACAUAGGAGAGAAGCCGUAUCACUGCUCACAGUGUGGGAAGAGUUUUACUCAAAAGAGUAGUCUCCAGCAGCACAAGCGCAUUCACACAGGAGAGAAGCCGUAUCACUGUGAACAGUGUGGGAAGAGUUUUAUUCAUCAGAGUUAUCUCCAACAACACGAGCGCAUUCACACAGGAGAGAAGCCAUAUUACUGCUUACAGUGUGGGAAGAGUUUUAGUCGUCAGAGUCAUCUCCAAACACACGAGCGCAUUCACACAGGAGAGAAGCCAUAUCACUGCUCACAGUGUGGGAAGAGUUUUAGUCGUCAGAGUCAUCUCCAAAUACAUGAGCGCAUUCACACGGGAGAGAAGCCGUAUCAUUGCUCACAGUGUGGGAAGAGUUUUACUCAAGAGAAUAGUCUCCAACAACACAAGCGCAUUCACACAGGAGUGAAGCCGUAUUACUGCUUACAGUGUGGGAAGAGUUUUACUCAAGAGAGUAGUCUCCAGCAACACGAGCGCAUUCACACAGGAGUGAAGCCGUAUUACUGCUUACAGUGUGGGAAGAGUUUUACUCAAGAGAGUAGUCUCCAGCAACACGAGCGCAUUCACACAGGCGAGAAGCCGUAUCACUGCUCACAGUGUGGGAAGAGUUUUAUUUGUCAGAGUAAUCUCAAACGACACGAGCGCAUUCACACAGGAGAGAAGCUGUAUCACUGCUCACAGUGUGGGAAGAGUUUUACCUGUCAGAGUCAUCUCAAACAACAUGAGCGCAUUCACACAGGAGAGAGGCCGUAUCACUGCUCACAGUGUGGGAAAAGUUUUCAUGACCAGAGUGCCCUCUACAGCCAUCAGCAGAGUCAUACAGGACAGAAGCCGUACAUCUGCGGACACUGUGGACAAAGCUAUACUCAUUCAAGGUCGUUAAGGAAACACAAGUGCUCUAACAUAAAGCCAUCAGCUCUUGAUACGUGAAUUUGUGAAAUUUACAUACAUGCUGUUCAUUUUCAUUUUUUAAAGGCAGGUAAAGAGACUUUCUGGCAUAAAACUAUAUAAUAUCAUUUGUCAUGGACUGUAGUAUUCUGUUGAAUGGGACUGUUAUUGCUUACUCUCUGGGCUUAGCAGAAUUCAUGACUUUAUGUUUUCCAAGCAUUGAAUACACCAAGAUAGGAAACACCCUGACUUCCACUGAAACGUAUUUAGUUUCAUAAGGCCAAAACCAAAAUGUCACCCACAGUGGUUAAAAAGGCAAAUGUUUUGUUUAACUGAAUGCAUAUGCAUUUAAUUUCCUGAAAUUCACAUCUAGAUAUUUUAAACAACUUAAUAUAUGGCAACUUUGGUGGCAAACCUCCCAAUAUUUAGGUGAGCAAAAGUAUAGGUACAGAUGGUCUUAAAGUAAAUAAUACUUAAUCUCUGGUUGCAUGUCCGUUGCUUGCAAUAACUGCAUCAAGUUGGUGACCCACUGACAUCACCAAACUAUUGAAUUCUUCUUUUGUCAUGCUUUUCUUGGCUUUUACUGCAGCCUUUUUCAGUUGUUGUAUGUUUCUGGGGGUUUCGCCCUUCAGUUUCCCUCGUCAGGAGGUGAAAUGCUCUUCAACUGGUUUAAGGUCUGGUGAUUGAUUUUGGCCAUUUUAAAAUCUUCCAUUUUUUCCCUUUUGAUGAAGUCCUUUGUUGAGUUGGUAGCGUGUUUUGGAUCAUUGUCUUGCUGCAUGAUGAAGUCCCAAUUAUAUUGGAUCAGAUUGUUUUUGUAAACUUCUGAAUUCAUUCUGCUGCUAUCAUCAUGAGUUACAUCAUCAAUAAAGAUUAGUGAGUACAUUCCAGAAGCAGCCAUGCAACUUCAAGCCAUGAGACUACCUCCACUAUGCUUGACUGAUGAGCUUCUAUGUUUUGGAUUAUGAGCAGAUCGUUUCUUUGUCCACACUUUGUCCUUUCCAUCACUGUCCUGUAGCACCAAUUGUAUCAUAUUUGCUACAUGAGUUCUGAGACCUCUAUGUUGUCAACAUGAACAGUAGUUUGCUGAAAACACCUGUUGAAUGGAUUCUGACAUGUCUUCUGCCUUCUGGUGGAUUAUCCGUGCACUGCCAGAAGUAGCAGGCUUUUGAAGGCCAUAUGUCUGCUUUCAUGUAGCGACUCUCAAGUUUUUGGCAGGGGAUUCUUUGCUAAUUAUGAAAGUUACAGCAAGAAUUUAUAUUGUUAGUAAUAUUUCAAUAUGAAUUUUUACAGUAUUGAAGCAACAUGUAAUUACUUAACAUUUUGUGCCUUAUUUUAUAGUAAAAUCGUGUUGAAAAUGUGUGUAUGAAAUAUCAUACAGCAGGUAUAUAAGGUAAUAAACCCCUCAAUUGUCAUUUUAUUGUAUUUCAUGGUGCAAUCUAC